AUGUCAGUCCUGGCAAGCACUGCCAUCUCAAAGCUCCACUCUGAUGGAUCCUUCGGUACGGUUUUCAUAGUGCUUGCGGUGAUCAUCGUUAUAUCAUCGAUCGCUUGCUUCCUCGGAAGACUCUGCAACCGUAUGAGCCAGACGAAACCCGCGAAGCAGAACAAAAAACAUGAUCCCCGACGCAAAGGGAACGACAUAGAGUUGGGGUUCGAUGGUCCGAUUCGUACGGCGAAACCAGUCGGCGUCGACGGGGUGACCAAAGCAAAAGGUUCAAAAUGCUUGGGAAUGAAGAUCCUAGAGGGUUCAGAUCAUGCCUGGAAGCAUGGGGAUUUCAAAGGGUUCAAAAUACAUCCAAAUGGUGAUCUUAAAGAUUAAAAUGCAUGCAAAUGGAAUCUAAAGGGCAAAGUAAACAUGUUGAUCAUGGCAAUCUAAGGGGUUCAUUAUAUAUAUAUAGAUCGAGUU